UGACAUUAUUUUUUAUUGGCUAUUAUAUGCAUGCGGCUUCAAUCAAACGUCCACUUGGAACGUCCGCUUGUAGACUUCUAGUUGUUGUACACUUGUAUUUAUUAUUUAACCUUUUGUUCAUAUUUAUCUCUUCCUAGUAUUACGUACAAGUAGCGGCUUAGACUAGGAAGUUGGUUGUGUUAUUUUGUAUUUAAAUAGCACAGGUACGUCCAAUGUAAAGUAAGUCAUUGACGACUCAAUACAUUCUCAGUUCAUAUAUCUGCGUAAGGUUUUGUUCAUGGUAUCAGAGCAGUGAUUAAGAUCCUGCAAAUCGACCCAGCAAUACACGACGAUGGCCAACGACUCAAACAGCAACGACAACCAAACGACCAACGACGGCGGACGAAGGAAGAUCAAUGAUAUUUCUUCCCCGUACUACCUGUCAAGCGCUGAUUUCCCAGGGAUAAAUAUCUGUGGGAUGGUGCUGAAGGGCGAAACGAACUACCGCGAGUGGUCUACUGCCAUGAAGAAUGCUCUGCGGGCGAAACAGAAGGUGGGAUUCAUUGACGGCAGCAUCCCGCAGCCAUCGGCAAGCAUUGCAGAUUCGGAAGAUUGGGUGAUUGUGAAUGCCAUGAUUGUUGGAUGGCUCAUGACAGCCACUGAUCUAUUGCUCAGGUCAAAUCUGACCUAUAUGGAGAGUGCUUUGGCUUUCUGGGAUGAUCUCAAAUCCCGAUUCUCUGUGGGUGAUCCAAUGCGUAUAUACGAGUUGAAGGAAGGAAUUCGGAAGUGCAGGCAGAAGGGACAAUCUGUCACGACAUAUUUCGGGGAACUCAAAUCACUUUGGGAUGAUUAUGAUGGACUCAGGAUCAUGCCGCAGUGUAAGUGCGGUGGGUGUACGUGCGAUCUCAAUAAGCAAUUUCUCAAGCUUAUUGAAAUCGAGAAAACCCACGAGUUCCUACUCGGUCUUGAUCAUGAGGGGUUCGGAGUGUUGCGAUCCAACAUCUUGAGUCAGGAUGAACUGCCGGCAAUGACCAAAGUUUACCAAGUUGUUAUUCAGGAAGAAAGGCAUCGAAACUUGAUGAAAGGCAGAGAAGAACAAACUGAAGUUAUGGCCUUUGCUGCAAGGACUGGAGACGGACGAGAUGAAAAGCUCAAGUGCACGUUCUGCCACAAAACUGGACACGAGGUGGAGAAUUGCUUCAAGAAAAGCGGGCGAUACCCGGAGUGGUGGUAUGACAAUCCCGGACGAGGAAGAGGUAGCAGUCGGGGCAGAGAACGGAGCAGCUCCGGACGUGGCCGUGGGAAGGCAGUUGCUCAUGCAGUGAUAGGAGAAGCACGUGAAGAGAAAUCUGGAGAUGGUGCCCUGCAGAAUAAGGUGACGGGUCUCACAGACGAACAGUGGAAGGUACUGUUGCAGCUUGUUGAAAAGAGUGAGGGUGCAUCCUCAGGAGAUAAACUUUCAGGGCCUACCUUCGAGGACGCCGAUUGGAGUGGCUAAACGGAAAGGAGGAGUUUAUUAUUUUCACUGUCUGGACCGAAUUCAAGCUCAUUCAAUCAAGGCAGCUCAUUCAGGUGAUCUGUGGCAUUCAAGAUUAGGGCAUCCGUCCAAGACAGUUUUGCGUCUAGUUAAUGAUUUGAAUAAAUCGUUGUUUCAAGUUGAUUUGAAUAAUGUUUGUGAUGCAUGUUUACGUGGAAAGCAAACUCGUGAUUCUUUUAAUAAUAAUUUGGCUAGAGCUGUUGAACCAUUUGAGUUGAUUCAUUGUGAUAUCUGGGGGCCGUAUAGAACACCUGCCACGUGUGGUGCACGUUAUUUUUUAACAAUAGUGGACGAUUACUCACGUGCCGUAUGGGUGCAUUUGAUUUGUGAUAAAGGGGAAGUACGAACUGUAUUGAAAUAUUUUCUUGCUAUGGCUCGAAGACAAUUUAACAAACCAGUGAAAAUUGUUAGGAGUGACAAUGGGUUGGAAUUUACAAGUUUGAAAGAAUAUUUUUUGGAGCAAGGAAUAAUAUUUCAGACCUCUUGUAUAUAUACUCCUCAACAAAAUGGAAGGGUAGAAAGGAAACAUAGGCAUAUACUUGACAUGGCACGCACCCUACGCUUUCAUGCACACUUGCCGAUUGCUUUUUGGGGGGAAUGUGUUUUAGCGGCCAGUUACCUCAUUAAUAGAUUGCCUUCUCCAAUUUUGGAUAACAAGAGUCCAUAUGAAAUAUUAUAUCAUAAACCGCCAAAUUAUGAACGAUUGCGUGUGUUUGGAUGUUUGUGCUAUGCACAUAACAAGGAUCGUAAUGGUGAUAAAUUUGCUCCACGUGGUAUUAAAUGUGUUUUCUUGGGAUAUGCAUAUAAUCAAAAGGGGUGGAAGGUAUUUGAUUUGGAAAAACAACGACAUUUUAUUUCUCGUGAUGUACGCUUUGUUGAAUCACAUUUUCCAUACCAAAGUAAUGUCACGGAUAGUGGGGCAUCACUGGACAAACAAGAUAAGGACGUGGCAGCAUCCUGGGUGCGGUUAACUCACCUGGCAGAUCCAGAAGAUAAUGCUAGGAUGGGGAGCACCAUUGAGGAAGCACGUGGUGAUGACUCUUGGAUGGGG